AUGCGCUCCAUCCUGUACUCGGGGUUGAUCAUGAAAUCGCCUGCGAUCCUGGGCUUCCCACACCUCCCGCCCUGUGUACCACUCGUCCCACUCGUUCCACGUCUCGUUGCUGGUCUGGUUGAGCCCGCCCCUGGACUGGAGGAGCGAGGCCUCGUCCACCGCCUCGACGUCCUGGGCAGGACCGCACGCCUCGUCGGGCCCACCGCCCAGCGCUGCGGCGGCAGCCCCAGCGAGAGCGGCCAGCAGGACGUCGGCCCAUCAACGGGCGGCGCAGCGGGGGGGCGCCAUCACGACCCUGCCUGCCGCGCGACGGGAUGCCUGCGGCCCGCGGCCAG